GGAGUACGCGAGCCCCGGGGUCCGGGAGAAGCCGGUGCCUCGGAGCCAGGGGAGAGCAUCAGCAGAGCUGUAAAGAAGCUUUAGGCUUCCCUUCUCUUUUCUGUAGCUAUAUUUACGGCACGCGGAGGGGAGUUUCGGUCUGCAGCCCCUCCCUCAAGAGGCUUUGAGCCGCUCCUCUGCUCCACUUGGAGGUGUGGGUGGAAAAUGAGGGAGAGGAGGUAGGUGGGAGCCCCCGGGCGGUUUUCGCCCACUCACGCUGCCGCUGUAGGAGUGUGUGUGGGCGGAACAGGCCCCCGAGCAGAACAAUUGAGGCACUCCUCCCUGCUGGCGCCUGAGCUGAAGGGAUCGGCCUACCUACCCAGCAGGCCCAGUGCCCGAGCCAUGGCACUGCCUCGGACACUGGGGGAGCUGCAGCUUUACCGGGUCCUGCAGCGCGCCAAUCUCCUUUCCUACUAUGAAACCUUCAUCCAGCAGGGAGGGGACGACGUGCAGCAACUGUGUGAGGCUGGCGAGGAAGAGUUCCUGGAGAUCAUGGCACUCGUGGGCAUGGCCACCAAGCCCCUCCAUGUCCGCCGCCUGCAGAAGGCACUGAGAGAAUGGGCCACCAAUCCAGGGCUCUUCAGUCAGCCAGUGCCUGCUGUGCCUGUCUCCAGUAUCCCACUUUUCAAGAUCUCUGAGACUGCAGGCACCCGGAAAGGAAGCAUGAGCAAUGGGCAUAGCAGCCCAGGGGAAAAGGCAGGCAGUGCCCGCAGUUUUAGCCCCAAGAGCCCCCUUGAACUUGGAGAAAAGCUGUCACCACUGCCUGGGGGACCUGGGGCCGGAGACCCCAGGAUCUGGCCAGGACGGAGCACUCCAGAGUCCGACGUUGGGGCGGGAGGAGAAGAGGAGGCAGGCUCACCCCCCUUCUCCCCACCUGCAGGGGGAGGAGUCCCGGAGGGGACCGGGGCUGGGGGGCUGGCAGCAGCUGGGGCUGGGGGUGGUCCGGAUCGCCUGGAACCAGAGAUGGUGCGCAUGGUGGUGGAGAGUGUGGAGAGGAUCUUCCGGAGCUUCCCAAGGGGGGAUGCUGGGGAGGUGACAUCCCUGCUGAAGCUAAACAAGAAGCUGGCGCGGAGCGUGGGGCACAUCUUUGAGAUGGACGACAGCGACAGCCAGAAGGAGGAGGAGAUCCGCAAAUACAGCAUCAUUUACGGCCGUUUUGACUCCAAGCGGCGGGAGGGCAAGCAGCUCAGCCUGCACGAGCUGACCAUCAACGAAGCUGCCGCACAGUUCUGCAUGCGGGACAACACGCUUUUACUGCGGAGGGUGGAGCUCUUCUCCCUAUCGCGCCAAGUGGCCCGAGAGAGCACCUACCUGUCCUCAUUGAAGGGCUCCAGGCUUCACCCCGAAGAACUGGGAGGCCCUCCACUGAAGAAGUUAAAACAGGAGGUUGGAGAGCAAAGUCACUCGGAACUCCAGCAGCCUCCACCAGGCUCUGAGUCCUAUGCACCCCCAUACCGGCCCAGCCUGGAGGAGGACAGUGCCAGCCUGUCUGGGGAGAGUCUUGACGGACACUUGCAGGCUGUGGGGUCAUGCCCAAGGCUGACGCCGCCCCCUGCUGACCUGCCGCUGGCAUUGCCAGCCCAUGGGCUGUGGAGCCGCCACAUCCUGCAGCAGACACUGAUGGAUGAGGGGCUGCGGCUAGCCCGCCUCGUCUCCCACGACCGCGUGGGGCGCCUCAGCCCCUGUGUGCCUGCGAAGCCGCCUCUCGCAGAGUUUGAAGAAGGGCUGCUGGACCGAUGCCCCGCCCCGGGACCCCAUCCUGCCCUGGUGGAAGGUCGCAGGAGCAGCGUCAAAGUGGAGGCAGAGGCCAGCAGGCAGUGAGGGGUGCACUGGUGUCCUCAGACCCAGGACUCGGGCUUCUGGCUCACAUGGACUCCGACAUUCUCCCUCCCUGGCAUCUAGUCACAACCCUGGAUCCUUCAGCUGCCCUUCUCCUGCCUCCCCACCUGCUCCAUGGGCAUAGAACUAUGGGGCUUCAAGCAAUAACGAGCAGGGGCCUGGCAAGAGGACACAAGGAGGGUGCGUGGUGCCCCUUCACCCUUGCCUAGAGCAAGGGGGCAAGGACUCUGUCUCCAGGGUAUCUGGGGUUCUCCCCUCCCUUACACAACACACUCCCGUUCUCUGUAGCUUGAACCAGUGGUAUGAGCAGUUGGAUUCAGUUUGGACAUGGGGGACAAGGGGACUUCCCUGGGAAGGUCCAACAGCUAAAAAUGGCAAUGUUUCCCCCCAGAACUGGGGGCCUGGGAACACUGGACCUCCUCCUCCCCUCUGCCCCCCCAUUUUUGUGCUUCUAGUUUGUUUCUUUAAUUUAACAAGUGCUGCAGUUUGCCCACCUAUCCCCAUCUUUCCCCCAAGUCCUCAGCAACUUUUUCCCUCCUGCCCUCUUGGGGGGUAGGGGGUAGGGUGAAUGUGGGGUCCCCUCGACCGGCCCCCUCAGGAGGCCUGGGUUGGACUCAGGGUCUCCCUCAGCUGGGGGCUGGACCGCAGCACCUGUCUGAGCAGUUAGAGCGUCUUUCUUUUCAGAUCGUGUACAGUAGAUUAUUUAUUUUGUUAUUUUGGAAUAAAAUUUAUUUUAUGGCUUAGGA